AUGCCUGCAUCCGACCACCGACCCGUCGCCGGCAUCCGCGUCCUCGAGCUCGCCGGUCUCGCUCCAGGUCCCUUCACAGGCCUCAUCCUCGCCGACUUUGGCGCAGACGUCGUCCGCGUCGACCGGCACGGCGACUCGUUCAACACCGACACCCUCACCAGGGGCAAGCGGUCCAUCGCCGUCUCGCUCAAGUCGCCCGAUGGCAUCUCGCUCGUCAAGACGCUCGUCGGCCCGUCCUCGUCGAGCACGUCGAGCGCAUCCAGUCGACCCGAACAAUGGCGCGCCGACGUCCUCAUCGACCCGUUCCGCCCGGGCGUUCUCGAGCGCCUCGGCCUCGACCCGGAGGACCUUCUCAAGGCCAACCCUCGGCUCGUCAUCGCGCGCCUGACGGGUUUCCGCCGCGAGGGCCCGUACAGCAAGAUGGCCGGGCACGAUAUCAACUACCUCGCCCUCACGGGCGUCCUGUCGAUGCUCGGGCGAGCGGGCGACAAGCCUUACUUUCCCGCCAACUUGCUCACCGACUUUGCUGGAGGUGGUCUGAUGGCCGUCGUCGGCGUCCUCGCGGCGUUGCUCGAGCGCAGCAGAAGCGGCAAGGGGCAGAUCGUCGAGAUCGACAUGGUAACGGGCACCCGCUACGCGUCCAUCUUCCCGCUCACGGUCGCGCGCCCGAGCACGGGCAUGCCGACUUGGAGCGAGCCGCGAGGCGAGAACUGGCUCGACGGCGGCGCGCCGUGGUACGAGGUGUACAAGACCAAGGACGGCGGCUACAUGAGCCUCGGCGCCAUCGAGAACCACUUCUACCGCGUCUUCCUCGAAAUCUUCUCGAAGGAGCUGUCGUCCUGCGCCGACCUGCCGCCGCACCCGAGCCCCGACACGCAGUACGACCGCUCGACCUGGCCCGACCUCGUCGCCUUUUUCACCGCCGGGUUCGCCGAGAAGACUCGCGACGAGUGGGCGAGCCUGUUCCUCAACACGGACGCGUGCUGCGUCCCGGUCCUCGAGCGCCACGAGGUCGACGCGCAGGGCCGAGGGCCAGGUGAGCCCGGUCGCGCGCUCGACGACGAGACGGCGGCCGACGGCGGCGGCGUGCCAGCCCCGGCGCCGAGGCUUGUCAGGACGCCUGCGACAGCUGGAGCGUCGGACGGGCCCUUCCUCGAGCCGGGCAGGGACACGGUCGAGGUGCUCGAGGCGGCCGGGCUCGGUGGGAAGGUCCGGGCGCUUAUCGAGGCCGGCGCCGUCAGCGCGUCGGACCCGAAGGCCAAGCUGUAGAGACGCCUUUGUAUCGUGCGUGAUAUUCAGUGUG